CUAUCGAUUAUCUUCACUUCUUCCACGAGCAUUUACUAGCUUUCUUUCAUCAAAUCAUUAACUUAAGUCAUCAUGGGUGUCUUCACUUAUGAAUCUGAGUUCACCUCUGUCAUCCCACCAGCUAGGUUGUUCAAGGCCUUUGUCCUUGACGCCGACAACCUCAUCCCCAAGAUUGCUCCCCAAGCAGUUAAGAGUGCCGAGAUUCUUGAAGGUGAUGGAGGUGUUGGAACCAUCAAGAAGAUCAACCUCGGUGAAGGAAGUGAAUACAGCUAUGUGAAGCACCAGAUUGACGGAAUUGACAAAGACAACUUCGUGUACAAAUACAGCAUGAUUGACGGAGACGCUAUAUCUGACAAAAUCGAGAAGAUCUCCUAUGAGACUAAGUUGGUAGCAUCUUCCGAUGGAGGCUCUGUCAUCAAGAGCACCAGUAACUACCACACCAAGGGUGAUGUGGAGAUCAAGGAAGAGCAUGUCAAGGCUGGAAAAGAAAGAGCCGCUGGUCUAUUCAAGAUCAUCGAGAGCCACCUUCUAGCCAACCCUGAGGCCUACAACUAAACCUCUCUACUAUACUCGAUGCUAGAGGCAAACCCAUGUGUCCUCAUUUCUAUGUUUGUGUGUAUGGCUUUCAUUUUUGUUCAGCUUUUGAUCUUUCAAGUUAUUUUGAUUGAGUGACGUAUUUGUAUUUGAUAUCAAUCUUAAAUAGUAAA